AUGUCUCUCAACACGCAAAAGAAGCCCGUCAUCGCCGUGGUAGGUGCCGGGCCGGGCAUCGGCGAAGCCGUCGCCCGCCGCUUCGUGGCCGAGGGCUUCUACGCAGCCCUGCUGGCGCGCACCGAGGACAAGCUCCAAAAGAUGGCCCAGAGCAUCGAGGCCGACUUUGGCGCGGGGUCGGCGCGGUACUACAUCACGGACCUACGGGUGGAGGAGUCUGUGGUGUCGAGCUUCGCGCGGAUCAAAGCCGAGCUGGGCCCCGUGGCCGUGCUGGUCUACAACGCCGGCGCACGACGCGUCAACGGCCGCUCCAUCCUGGACACAUCGUCCGAGGAAUUCGAAAACUUCACAAAGAUCAACCUCUUCGGCGCCUUCUGGGCCACCAAGGCCGUGCUCCCGGACAUGCUCUCCGCCGGCCGGGGCACGAUCCUCUUCACCGGCGCGACGGGCGCCCUGCGCGGCAACCCGGGCCUCGCGUCCUUCUCGCCCGGCAAAUUCGGCCUGCGCUCGCUGUGCCAGAUCAUCACGCGCGAGUACCAGGCCUCGGGCAUCCACGCCGCGCAUGUCAUUGUCGACAGCCCCGUCGACGGCAAGUUGAUCGGCGAGUGGUCCCGCCGCCAGUGGCAGCGCACGGGCCAGGGCGAGAAACUCGACGACGUCGACGCGCAUCUCGUGAGCCCCGCGGAUCUGGCCCAGACGUAUUGGUUCUUGCACACGCAGCCGAGGAGCGCGUGGACCCAUGAGUUGGACGCGAGGCCGCAGAAGGAGAGCAUGUUUUCGAAAAUGUAA